CGCCCCUGCCCGGCCGGAGUGGAGCUGAGCGACGGCUCCAGGCGGGGAACCGAAGGGCCCGUCUGCACCCCGUGAGCCCCGGGCCCGAUGGGGAAGCCCGCGGCGUGCGCUGGGCCCGGGGCCCGUCUGGCGGGGGCUGUCCCGUUGGGGCAGUGACGAGCUCGGGGUGGUCCCGCUCGGUGCGGCCCUGGUGCCAGCACCGGUGCUCGGAUGUGUGACGGCUCUUGCUCGCCUGUAGCAGGCGGCUGCUCUGCGCCAAUGUGCGUUAGCUUGCCGUCCUUGUGCUGCUGCUGGGGCCCGGGUGGUACGCGUUUGGAGCAGGCGAAACUGCCUGCUCGCCUCUAGCAGAGGGAGUGCCUACCUGUGAGAGACUGGAACCGGAUCUAAUCGCGUUCCAGUAGCGUCCCAGGCCCUCUCCACCAAAACUGCCGCAGAAAAACGGGGCUCCAAAGAGACGGCUCCUGCCUCUUGUCCCUGUUGUUACACAAGGGUGACAGAGUAAAGGUGUCCAGAAGCUGCCCUCGGAGUCUUGGAUUUUUUUUUUUACUUGAGACUUGUUUUGUGAUGGAGGUGGUAUUGAAGUCUCCCUGUGAUGAACAGCACCCUCAGCAGGCUGAAGACUUCCACGGGAAUCUUGAGCACAACAGCAAGCUUUCAGCAGGAGUAAAAAAAGAUAUUGAAAAACUUUAUGAAGCAGUGCCACAGCUUGUAAAUGUGUUCAAAAUAAAGGAAAAAAUUGGGGAAGGUACUUUCAGUUCUGUUUACUUGGCCACAGCACAGCUACAAACAGGAUAUGAGGAGAAAAUGGCUCUGAAGCACUUGAUUCCAACCAGCCACCCUCUGCGAAUAGCUGCUGAACUUCAGUGCCUCACAGUGGCAGGGGGACAAGAUAAUGUUAUGGGAGUUAAAUACUGCUUUAGGAAAAAUGAUCACGUUGUUAUUGUUAUGCCAUAUCUGGAGCAUGAGUCCUUCUUGGACAUUUUGAAUUCCCUUUCCUUUGAAGAAGUGAGGGAAUACAUGUUUAAUCUGCUUAAAGCGUUGAGGCGCAUCCAUCACUUCGGUAUUGUUCACCGAGAUGUCAAGCCCAGCAACUUCCUCUACAACAGGCAGCUAAGAAAGUAUGCCUUGGUAGAUUUUGGCUUGGCACAAGGAACCCCUGAUACAAAAAUUGAGCUUCUUAAAACUGCCCACUCUGAAGACCAGCAGGGAAGUUGCUUGCGAACUAAUCCGAUUGUAACCUUGGGAAAUGGGGCUUCUGUCAGUGUCACAGCACCUAAACAGAUAGCUCAACAGGCGGCCUCAAAAGCAGCUGAUAGAAGGUCCAGCUCACUUUCAAAAGUACAGAUGAAACAAGGAAGAGGAGGAAAGGAGGACUCUGUGCACCAUUCUGUCCAGCGCUCUGUCUUCGGAGAGAGGAAUUUCAAUGUCUACAGCUCCACAUACCAGGAGAAUUCAAGCACAAAACUCAUAAAACAAUCAAAGAUGGUAGAUGUUUCAUCUAGGAAGUUAGUAACAAAGAAGAAGAUUAUUUCUACCAAAACUGUGAGCAAUGGGGCAGCCAGGAAAGCUGCCAGUGGUUGCCCUUUAAACCUGCUCUGUGACUGUUAUGCAACGGACAGAGUCUGCAGUGUUUGCCUUUCAAGGCGUCAGCAAGUGGCUCCCAGGGCAGGAACACCUGGAUUCAGAGCUCCAGAAGUAUUAACAAAGUGCCCCACUCAGACCACAGCAAUAGACAUGUGGUCUGCAGGAAUCAUAUUCCUUUCUCUACUCAGUGGACGGUAUCCAUUUUUCAAAGCAAGUGAUGAUUUAACUGCUUUGGCACAAAUCAUGACAGUUCGUGGAUCCAGAGAAACCAUUCAGGCUGCUAGAACUUUUGGAAAAUCAGUUGUGUGUACCCAAGUUGUCCCAACUCAAAACCUACGAACGCUCUGUGAAAAGCUGAGAGGAACAAAUAGCAGCUGUAAGAGACCUCAGGGGGAAGGGCCCAGCAGGUCUGAAAACAACACAGCUUUGUCAAUUGCAGCAGACAAACCCUGUGCUCCUGAGACACUUGGAAAACAAGUUCAACACUUACAGAGUUUGCAGGAAGGUGAUGGUGCUUUGGAAAUGAAAGCAACUGACAUGAAAGGAUGGGAUCAGGUUCCUGAUGAAGCAUAUGACCUACUUGAUAAGCUACUAGACUUAAACCCUGCAACAAGAAUAACUGCAAAAGAGGCUUUGCUGCAUCCUUUUUUUAAAGACAUAAGGCUCUGAGAAGAUAACUUACUUUGUUAUUCCUUUCAUAUGUCUUGUGUGGAAAUGAAAUACUGAGGCAGUUUUACCUUGUUGCCCUCAACAUUUACACUCAUUGAAAUAAUGUUCCACUGUGCUCUGAACUACUGAAAUUUUGUCUUGUACAGUUAGACUGCAAAUGUCAGUUUAAGAAAUACUUGCAGAUGCAAAAGUUAUAUAAACAUCACUAACAUGGUCUUAUCCUAAGACACUUCUGAGAGGUUAUUGCUGUGCAUACCUGUUCUCUGAGAAAGUUAACUUUGAUCAUAAACAACAAAGAAAAAAGAGUUUCAUAAGCUCUAUGCUUAAUUCUCGAGAUAUUCCCUUAAAAUUUACAAGUUUGCCUUAAGGGAACACUGAAAUAAGAAAGUGUUUGAGACUUUUUUCUAUACUUGGAUAUCUCUGCUUUGUUCCUGUUUGAUACAUGGGGGACUGAAAAUGGAACAAAGAGUAUUCAUUUUGUUCAGACUAUUUUCAGAGAACAGUAUUACUUUGGGAGUGUUGCUAGAGGAAAGGCCAGGUGCUAGAGAUUAUAUCAUCAAAAGAAAAGCAUAACUUUUUAAAGUACAUUUUGGUCCCUGUCUGGUCUUUGCUACUUAGGAAAUAGUAAUAAAUGCAGUUAUUCAUUUUGCAUGUUUCCUCAGUGCGAUGGGUAAUUGUCAGUAUUCCACAGCUGCUGUCUUCAAGCAUGUCUUGAGUGCCAGGCAUAGGGUUGAUUUCUGUUUUAGAAACUGAUUUCUUAAAAAAUACAUGUUCAAUAAAUGAUUUGGUUUUAUAACUUCAGAAGCUUGUCUAGAGAUGCUUCUAUAAAAGUCAGGUAAGGUUUUCUUGUGGGAUGUUUCUGUUCAGGGAGUCUUCCACACUGGUUUCCUGCAUAAAUUCCUCAGUGAUAGAAGACACUUUGGAUAGCUCUUGUGUGUAUGGCUCUUAUAGCAGAACUAUCCUAAUUAUGAAGGAACUCUUACCACAGAGUCAGCUAGCUAAUUUCUGGCCCUAAGGAGGAAAAUCCCACACUUUCAAUGUGCAAAGCAAGCUACAUCAUGUUCAACAGAAGUUUCUCUAAACCCCUUGAUAAUUCUGGAGACUGAAACAUAAUAGAGUGUUUUUCCAUAUACAUUUCUUGAGAUGCUAAUGGAGUUGCUGUAAGAAGUUCUUUUGAUAAGUCUUGUAAAAGUCUUCUCAUAUGAGCUGAUGGUUAUGAUAGUACAAAGAUCCUGACCAGGACUGGGGCUGAAGAGACAAGAUUUCAAUAUUUUUGAAAUCUUGAAUACAUAGAAAAUAAUGGUAACGUUGCUCUGUUUCUGGCAUCAGCUGUUAGGGGAAAAAUAUUUGCAGAUGUCAGAAUAUUGAUUGCAAAAAAUCUUGAAACCCUCAAGACCCUGGGGCCCAGGUCUUGUAAUUUUUGCUGUUUAUAUAAUUUCAACACAGCACGUCACUGAGAAAUUAUUUAUCUAAAGGAACUGUGGCCAAAUUUGGCAAGCAAUGCUGUCUGCCAGUGUCUGCAGAUGUAUUGUUUCCUCCUACAUUCACUCAUGCUGUCUAUGGUCUUAUGAGAGCACCAGCUGACAACAAGCAAAAAUAUGUCAGCUAUCUCUUGUGAGCUUUCAAGCAACUUCAGCUCUUAAGCUUCCCUGCUAACUGCCUUCAGCAGCUCCUUCCAUCAGACCCACAACAAUUAACCUCUGCAUUCAUUUAAAAGCCAAAAAGGAAACAUCACUAAUUGUAUUUUUACCAAAACACUAAGGGUAAAUGAAAUUUGUAAGGAACAGUUCUAAGCUCUGUAUAUUUCAUAACAAGCUGGAAAAACACACUGGUAUUCCUUUUUCCAGUCAGCUAUUUAAAAUGUGGAGAAUUCUUUUUUCAAGGGGAAGAAUGAAGUAAAAAGAAAAGUGCAUUUGAACUAGCAUAUGGUAAGGAAGUACCUUUGCAGCACUCUACACAAGAAAGCCAGAAACAAAAUGUUAAAUGCAAUGGGCUCUUACAGGGACAAAAAAAAAAAAAAAAAAAAACCAAAAAAAAAAAAAAAACCCCAAAAAAAAACAAAACCAAAAAAAACCUAAAAAAACACCAAACAUGAAGGAAAAGAGCAAGAAAACACUACAGCUGAGCAGUGGUUGCCUCUAGAUUUUCUGAUUCUCUCUGCUGUGUUUCUAAGAAUUUCUAAAAACCAUAGGUAAGAGCCAAGUACUAAGAUUCCUUUCAAGUUUAAAUACAUGAUUUGAGAUAUUUAUAAACUGCACAUGAAUCUUGUGCCAUGAGAGCUGCAAUUAGAAAAAAUUCUGCACAGAAAUUACAUUGCUUCAACAAAUGCUCAGUGGUUGUGAGGCCACAGCUGGGUUAGUGUUAAGUUCUGGACACCAUCUAUGACAAGGUUAGUAACAAAUUGGGCAGAAACCAAAAAUGGCAGCAAAAAGCUGCAUGGGCUUGGAGAGAUGAAUAGAAACUGAUACCUAGAAUUCUGAGGACAGAAUGCUGGGAGCAAAUCUAAAUACGUAUGUGUAUUCAGCAUUGGGAAGACUAGCUUAUUCUCAGUAGUAAGCCAGACUAGGUGAGGAAACUGACAUGUUUAUUAUGUUCAUCCUAGUUGAAAAGGGUAACAAAUGCAUAUUUAUAUUUAUUUUCCUAGCAUCUUUCUGGCCAUUACAUUCUACUAGUGAGCAAAAUACAAAGAAAGAAAAAAAAAUCUUUAGAGCUUUCCUCAUGUAUUUGUUGGUGAUGAAGAGGUAUGUUCUGAAUGAGGUGGUAUAAAUAAAGUGUUUGCAUUUAGCAGGGGACACCUUUUUUUCUGAAUUUUUUCUGCCUCGUGAAGACAGACCACACACGGCAACUGAAGUAAAAGAAAAAACCUCAACAACCCAGUUUCUUCAUUUGCUCAAUUUUACACCACAUUUAAAAGACAGCUAGGCUGUGUAGAGAAAA